UUCCUGCCCCUCCCUCUCUCUCUCUCUCACUAUCUCCCUCGCUUAGAUUUUCCUCCCAAUCAAAUCGCAGAGAAUUCCUCUCGGCUCUCGCUGUCGCCCGCAUUUCCCCCUUCUCCAGUGCUCGCCGGUGAUUGUGAGGCGCUUCUCGAUUCGGCCGUCCGAUGGAGUCCGUACGAGCGGAUGUGCAGAUGGAGAGAAGUUCGAGCUGACGUUCCGGCUUUCGGCGACGGAUUCUCGCGGCUCGACCCACUAAUGCUGUCGGUUUCGCAAUGUAUCACCAUUGGUUUCUGCCAAAUGCCAAACUGUAGAACAUGAGUCAGGCUGAAAUAUCAAGGAUGAAACCUCCUCUUGUCCCACUUGCGACUCUGAUUGGUCGUGAGCUUCGGGGUGGGAAAGUUGAGAAGCCUAUUGUGAAAUAUGGACAGGCCGCUUUGGCGAAAAAAGGGGAGGACUACUUUCUGGCAAAACCUGACUGUGAGAGGAUUGCUGGGGACCCGUCAACCUCAUUUUCUGUGUUUGCGAUACUUGACGGACAUAAUGGCAUAUCGGCUGCAAUCUUUGCAAAGGAGAACCUAUUGACUAAUGUUUUGAGUGCUAUCCCUCAAGGAGUUAGUCGAGAUGACUGGCUUCAAGCACUUCCACGGGCCCUUGUUGCAGGUUUUGUCAAGACUGACAUCGAAUUUCAGCAGAGAGGUGAAACUUCUGGGACAACAGUAACAUUUGUGGUGAUUGAUGGAUGGACAAUUACUGUUGCAUCGGUGGGAGAUUCUAGAUGCAUAUUGGACACACAGGGAGGUGUGGUUUCUCUCUUGACUGUUGAUCAUCGGCUUGAAGAGAAUGCUGAAGAGAGGGAACGAGUCACUGCAAGUGGAGGUGAAGUGGGAAGACUGAAUGUGUUUGGUGGAAAUGAGGUUGGCCCGCUGCGUUGUUGGCCUGGUGGACUAUGCCUUUCAAGGUCGAUAGGUGACACAGAUGUAGGCGAAUUUAUUGUGCCAAUACCUCAUGUUAAGCAAGUAAAGCUUUCAAAUGCUGGAGGAAGACUCAUAAUUGCUUCUGAUGGUAUCUGGGAUGCUUUAUCUUCUGAUGUUGCUGCCAAGUCCUGUCGAGGUUUACCAGCAGAACUAGCUGCAAAGUUAGUUGUUAAGGAGGCACUUCGGUCAAGAGGCCUGAAAGAUGAUACAACCUGCCUGGUUGUUGAUAUUAUCCCAUCCGACAUCCCCGUGAUACCUCCUAUACCUAAAAAGAAGCAAACUUUUCUGAGUUCAUUUUUGUCAGGUAAGAAGUCCCGGAGUGCGAAUAAAGCUACCAGUAAGCUUUCUGCUGUUGGGGCUGUGGAGGAGUUGUUUGAAGAGGGUUCUGCAAUGCUGGCGGAGAGGCUAGGUAAGGAUUUUCCUUCAAACCAAAACCCCGGGACCUUUAAAUGUGCAGUUUGCCAAGCUGAUCAGCCUUCUGCUGACAACUUGAUGGCAAAUUCUGGACCCUUUUUCUCCACCGCAUCAAAGUCAUCUGAAGGGCCAUUCCUCUGCACAAUUUGUCGGAAAAAGAAAGAUGCCAUGGAAGGAAAAAAGCCAAGCAGAUCUUUGGUGGCCUCAUAGCAAAUUGUCUGGUAUAGUAAAUAGUCAUGAUUUUUUUCCCUGGCAGUGUGAGCAGCGCCUGGUUUUCCCGUUUCGGUGGUGAUUAUUGUAAACGUGUGAGAGUUGAGAUCGAAGAGCAGGUGUUUUCUGAGAUUGCAAGUGUCCAUGUUUGAUUUUCAGUUUGUGCUCAGCUGUUGGACUGACUAACUAAGAUGACGCGUCGAAUUUGUUAAGUAUGGUCGUGAUAGUUUGCUUGCUAACAUCUCGAGUUCGUGUGUAAAGAAGUGAAGCUUGAAUAGUAAGACUUUUGAUUGGGUUUUCUUGUU